CAUGGCUUGCAACAAAGAGCCAUACUGCGGUGCAGGCCGCAGUUCACCGCUCCGUGGACAUUUCUCCCAAAGACUUGCGUGGCGCAGCAUCCUUUUAUAAGGCCGCCUUGCCCGCGCGAGAUCUUCGGCCGGCGUUGCGCUCUGCAGCAAAAACAGCAAGAGAGCACAGGCUCUCACUGCGGUUGAAACGCCGAAAAAGCGAUGAACCGCAACUGGUCCAGCCGCCCGGACUGGCACGGCGCCGAGAAGGCAAUGCGGGCGCCCUACGCUACUGUUUCGGCUAGUUGUGUCGAUCCAUCAAAAUGCCCGUUCCGGGACGAUGGAGAAGUAAAGUUCCAAUUGGCGCGGGGCGAGGUCGUCUGGCUCCAGGGGCCUUCUGGUGUUGGGAAAACUACAUUAGCGGCGGAGGUCGCGGGGUUAGGCAGUGCGAGACGGUUGGGCAUCCACGUCAGCGUCGACUGGGAUGCCAGCAUAGACAAGCGGGAGCGCGUCGGUGCUCUAUUUCAGCAGACGACGUUAGUCGAUGCCUUGAGCGUGGGCGGCAACGUGGCGAACGCGUUGGCCGCGUGCGGCGUCCACUCGGUAGAGGAACCAAAAAGACUCGUCGAGGCGGUGGGCCUUGACUGGGCGAGGGAUGGGCGCAAGAUGCCCCAGGAGCUGUCCGGUGGGAUGGCUCGAAGAGCAUCUUUAGCAUUGCAACUCGCACAGAGGAAACGCGUUGUGGUCCUAGACGAGCCCUUUACCGGAUUGGACGAGCGCGCAGCCAGAGCAGUAGCGAAGGAGUUAGGAGUGUUAAGGCGAGAACACGGCGCUUCUUUAUUACUAGUGUCGCACCAGCCUGCUUUAGUGAAGCUUGUCUGCGACGCACCUAGAUCAAUAGCCUUGGUACCAGCCAUCCGGGAAGACACGAUAAAACGGAAGGCGCGCUACUGCGCCUGGCUACGCGGAGACGUAAGGAGUAGAAGCGCGUUUCGGGUCUUGUUUCGCAUGCGAGCGAAGACCGUGGACUACUUCGCCCUAUCCUUACCUUUGAUACUUUUGGCGUUCGCGGCCGCCGGCGUCGCCGUCGCCAUGCUCACGGCCGACUUACUCGCCAAAUUAGAUGUGACAGACCAGGUCGACCAGAUACUAGAGAAAGAAGUUUUACCGAUGGUCGACUUGCUGUCGGGCAAAGAAGCCUCGGACCUACAAAAGAUGAUGACGCGCAUGGCCGUCAAAGGCAAGGCCCAGGGCAUGGUUAGGUCUGCGUUACCUAAAGCGAAACGAGUUCUCUAUGCGCAGGGCCUGGCGAAGCUCUUUGUUAUUGAGUUAGGACCACUGUUAGCAGCUCUGUUGUUGAGUGGAAGAUUAGGCGGGAGUUACGCUGGUGAAGUGGCCACGAUGCAGGCCACGGCGCAGAACAAGCUCCUCAAGACGCUGGGGCGCUCUCCGAGAUCGUGGUCCCUACUGCCUUCACUGGUGGCGGCGUGGGCCGCGGCGCCGGUCUUGACCGCGCUCGGGUCGUUGCUAGCCGUGUGUAUAGGCGGGCCGGUCGCGCGGAUCUACGGUCUGGGUGACGACAUCGACGAGAGCUGGUAUUUCGAGGGCGUGAAGGACGCGUUGUUGCCUCCAUUACGAUGUUCACAUGAAUGGUCCUUCUACCGUAAUUUUGUGGAAUUGGCGACGUGGCCGCCCGCGCACAACGUCUUCAAAGCGUUGGUCUACAUCACGUUGAUCGUCGUCGUGGCGGAAAUUAUUUCCCGGAGAGCGGACCUAGCCCCUCGGGACGUGCCGCGGGCGAUCACGGCGUCCGUCGUCGCCGGUGGUUUAGCAGUGAUAUUGGGGGACUGGGCCUUCUCCCAGCUCUUAUUGAGGAGGGAGUGGUAUAAGUAACCUAUUCAUUCAGACUAGUAUUAU